AUGAUGCUACCUGUCUUAUUUAAACUGAUCUGGUUUUCUGUUUCUAAAACAGAAAAAAAUGAUUCGGAUACCGAUGACACCCUGCGUGGGAAACUGAGGAAACGAUCUAAAAACAACCGAGAACUACUACCCUUUGGGGAAGAGAUACACCGAUCGCGAUUCAAGACAGAAACAGGUGAAAAUGCAGACAUAUUUGUGCAUGGGGAAAAUGAGGAGCAGACACCGUUUUUGAAGGACCUUCCGCAGCUGAUCCAUUCGAUUGCUCUUCUUCAACCUCAUCCUCAUCCUCGUCAUGAAACCAUUUUUUGCUUGGAUCAUCUAGCGCUGGAUCGUUCCGGCAAAGUGCAUCGUACAAACGCAGAAAAUCCUCGUGUUCACGUUCUUCUGUGCUGCUUUCUUCCUCAUCAUCAGAAUCCGAAGAGGACUCCAUCGAUUCAUCUUCUUCUGACCUCUCGUCAUCGGUUUCUUUCGACACGUCCUUCGCCGAGUGUUUCCGCUUAUUUGACAACUUUAUAUCACCAUGUCGAUCCUUUAAUUUCUGAAGUUCUUCCUUCUUCCGAAAUUCAUUGUUGUCACGGAAAAAAUCGUUCAGCCGUAGCACCCUUUCGGUGCCUAACUGCCAUGCCACCAGAAGGAAGCACGAGGGAUCGGAUACUGCCAGGUUGCCCAAGCCUAGACAAGGGGAGUCGAGAGGCAGAAGUCGGGGGUUGUCACGGCAAAAAUCGUUCAGCCGUAGCACCCUUUCGGUGCCUAACUGCCAUGCCACCAGAAGGAAGCACGAGGGAUCGGAUACUGCCAGGUUGCCCAAGCCUAGACAAGGGAAGUCGAGAGGCAGAAGUCGGGUUCGAACCACGGAACUUCCGACAAAUUGGAAUUGAAGAAAGCGGAUUUGAGGAGCGGCAGAUGAGCGAACCGCUCGAUGCUAAUUGGUUUGUUCAACAACUGCCAUGUCUUGUGCUCUGGAAAACUGACAAAAAUGUGCUGUUCCGGGUCCGUGAGAAAAAAGAAUUCGUCACAGCGAUUGCUCCACUGCGAUCGAUUGGAAUCGGUCGGUUCCGCUGA